GCGGGGCCUGGGCCGGAUGAGCUCCUUUCGCCAUUGCGUCGCGGCAGGAAAAAGUAGUAACUGCCGCUGAGGGCGUUUAGUCGGCCCGCUACCAUGAGGAGCUCCGUUCCCCAACUGCUGCUGUUCGUGCUUCUGGCUUUCCCCGCCGCCUUGCUUCUCGGCGGCGCCCGCAGCGGCCCAGGUUCUGGUUUGCUGGUGGCUGCUCAAGAUGCCACAGAAGAUGAAGAAGCUAUUGAAGAUACAGUCGUUGAAGAUGAAGAUGAUGAAGCUGAAGUUGAAGAAGAUGAACCCACAGAAUUGACAGAAGAGAAAGAGGAAGAAGAUCUAUCGGGAGAACCGAAAGCAUCCCCUAGCGCUGAUACAACCAUCUUGUUUGUGAAAGGAGAAGAUUUUCCAGCAAACAACAUUGUGAAGUUUUUAGUUGGCUUUACUAACAAGGGCACAGAAGACUUCAUUGUGGAGUCUCUAGAUGCUUCGUUCCGAUACCCUCAAGAUUACCAAUUUUUCAUUCAGAAUUUCACUGCUCUUCCUCUGAACACAGUUGUUCCACCACAGAGACAGGCCACAUUUGAAUACUCCUUCAUUCCUGCAGAGCCUAUGGGUGGUCGCCCCUUUGGACUGGUUAUCAAUCUGAACUACAAAGACCAAAAUGGAAACUUCUUUCAAGAUGCUGUUUUCAACCAGACUGUUACCAUUAUUGAAAGGGAAGAUGGAUUAGAUGGCGAAACGAUUUUUAUGUAUAUAUUCCUUGGUGGACUUAGCCUGCUUGUCAUUGUUGGUCUACACCAGCUAUUGGAAUCUAGGAAGAGAAAAAGACCAGCUCAAAAAGUAGAGAUGGGGACAUCGAAUCAGAAUGAUGUUGACAUGAGUUGGAUUCCUCAAGAAACUUUGAACCAGAUAAUGCAAAGUAGAAGAGGUGAGACACUUUAUUGGGUUGAGGCUUCUGAAAUGUAUAUUGUGCACUAAUUAGAUUCUUAUACUGUACAUUGAACCCAUUUCUGCUUAGUUGGUACACUUCACAUAAUUGCAUGUGGUGUUAAAGUAAUAAGGUUUGGAGGAUUUUAUCAGUAUCUUGAAGAUGCAGCAGAAGUCUGGAGUUAAUCCCACUUGGUACAUUUACUGUUGCAUAUCUUGGGGGAGCUGAUGUUCAGAUACUAACUUAGUUACACUGUUAACAUGGUUCAGUCACCAGAACUCAGUUUAGCCUUCAACAGCCCAUUCAGGAGCUUAUUUUGAAAGAGAGGUUGGCUCAGUGGUAUUUGCACUUACUGGGAUGUCAUCUGCUUCACAUGCCUAAUUUCCCAAAGGAAACCUUGGCUACCUUCUUCAGAUUGCCAGGAUCAAAAUAGACCACCAACAAUUUUCAGAACACGUGAUAGAAAAGUUUAAUUAUCACAUCACUUGUUCCAUAGCUUAGGAUACUAACUAUUGAUGCUAAACAGCAAUUUGCAUAGAAAAUAAUUAUUAACACAUUAGAGGGCUUUUAAAAUGCAUUAAGAUCGCUGCUUGCUUGGACUUCAUGAUCAUUGUGCUUUAACUGAUAAAGGGGCAAAUAGUUACUAAUAUAUAUUGUACUGUGUUUGUGGCAGUGAAGCCUCUGACAUUGACUCAGUCGAUGUGGUGGAGUGUAAUAUCGAGCUGCUCUAGGAGCUAAAAAGUUAAGGUCAACCUCUGUGAGGGCCAAGGAAGUUGCAAGUGUACAUGGGAAAUAAAAGACCACACAGGGACAGGCUAUAUUCUGGGAAGAUAGGUGACGGGUUGCUGAGAAAGAAGGAUGCUGAAGAAAGAUUGCAGAGUAGGGAGCUGACUGCGAAGCAGAACCAAAAUGUCUGGAGAAUGAGGCUUAAACGAUAAAGGUGACAGGGAGCUGAGCCAAGAUGGAGAAGGGGAUCUUUUUUUUAUAAAAAAGAGAAAGGUUUAUACCACUUAAAGUGCAGAAGGGCUGCCUGCUAUGGGGGUGAGGGAAGGGGGCAGAGGGAGGCACAACAAGAAACUAGCUAGAGGAAAUGUUGCAAAGUGGGCAGAGGCCUGAAAAACAGGAAUGUGAGAAAACAAUGGAUGGUGGAGACAUCGAGUUCAAGAAAUGAGCCCAGGGGAAAGUAGGACUCAGGCAAAACACAGGUUGUAUAUACGUGGAAGGAGCUGUGCAAAUAGGUAGGAAGUCAUUAGAGAGCAAGGGAGGUUUACAGUACGGCCAGGGAGCUGAGAAAAGACAUAAGGUUACUAGGUCUAGUGUUGGAAGCCCACAAUUACAUUAAUUCACUUCUGCUUUGCCCCCUUAAGGUUGUCUGUAUUCAAUCAAGACCAAAAGGUGGUUCAAAUCAGUGUGCAAAAUUCAGUCACCACAACUAAUCAGCCAAUUACUUGCAAACUAUCUAGAAAACUGAAUACUAUUUAAAUAUUGAAGAUUAAACACAUGUAUUGUGGCUUAUUACUUAUUAUGGCUUUUGCUAAAAUGUUAGUGUAAGGUACCAUAGUACUCUUUUUGUUUGCCCAUAAGAGACUGAUAUGGUUACCUUUGGGGGGAUUUACUGCCUGAAUACUUAGCAUUCUUUCUACUUUGUAUGAUUUAGAAUUCUAUAGAUACUGAAACUUGAGCUUGUGAAUGUAAAGAUUAGUUUUUGAUUUGGCUGUCCUUGAGCAUAGAGGGAAGUGGGGCAUGAUGUUUCCUUCAUCCUUGGAACAGAUACACACCUGUUCUAUAUUUAGAAACUGAAAUAGAGCAAAAUAAUCUUGCUCAAACCACCCAUUGUCAUCACAGAGCUGAGAUUGAAUGCUUUGAUCCUGCACUGCUUUAGGAACAUCUCGUUAAUAGGCUACUAGUUGCAUGUCCAUAACUGAAGAACGUAUAUAAGAUGCUUCUCAGAUCUGCCUUUUGCAUGAUCGUUCUUUGAGGGAAUAAAUUCGAAAAUAAUUCUUUCCCCUUAUCCCCCAAAAUAUUUCAUUUAACUUAUCCCAUUAAGUAACUUUUCUUCU